CCCUGCCCCCCCACACACACACCUGGGACAGACACGCAUCCCUGCUGUAACACACCCCUGUGACCCACACCCAUGACAGACACACACACACCAUGCAGACACACCCCUGCAAGCUGGGGGAGCCAGGGCUUGUAUGAUGCUGGGAACUUAAAAUAGCACCUGGGCCGGACGUGUGGGGAGCUGCGGGCCUGGCACCGCCGGGCGCAGCAGAAGGGGCGAGCGGUAGGUCCUGCGCCGGGGGGGCCUGGGGCCGUCUCCUCUCCUUGCCGUGACGCCGACUGGGGCAGGUCGUUCAUCUGGCACCGUGGGCCCCCUCUGCCCAUGGAUCCCUGCUGGGCCCCAGCGGGCGCCUGCUGUGGGGCACAGGCGGGCACCAAGCUGGCUCACCCCAGGGCACCGCGGGUUAGCGGGUGUUGCCAGGGGAGCCCCCGGGGCCCCGUGACACCUCUGCUCCCCCUUGCAGCAUGACGGAGAAGGAGGCGCUGGCGCCACCAGCCUCACCCGCGCCAGGGGGGAAGCCCGCGAGCAGGCUCCGGGUGCUGAAGCAGCUGUUUCUGCGGAGGCCCAAGGAGGAGCCGCCGGCGGAGCCGCAGCCCAACGGGGAGCUGGUCAGCCCCACGGGGGGGCCCCUCUACUACUACUACGAGGAGGAGGAGGAGGAGGAGGAGCCCGAGCCGCCCCCCGAGCCCCCGAAGCCCGUCAACGACAAGCCCCACAAGUUCAAGGAUCAGUACUUCAAAAAGCCCAAGUUCUGUGACGUCUGCGCCCGCAUGAUUGUCCUCAACAACAAAUUCGGCCUGAGAUGCAAGAACUGCAAAACCAGCAUCCACCAGCACUGCCAGUCCUACGUGGAGAUGCAGCGCUGCUUCGGCAAGAUCCCCCCCGGAUUCCGCCGGGCGUACAGCUCCCCCCUCUACAGCAACCAGCAAUACGCCUGCGUCAAGGAGCUGCUCUCGGCAGCCAAUCGCAGCGACCCCGUGUUCGAGACCCUCCGGACGGGCGUCGUCAUGGCCAACAAGGAGCGGAAGAAAGGACAAGAUGAUAAGAAGAACCCCUUGGCCGCCAUGAUGGACGAGGAGCCGGAGCCUGGGAAGCACGAAGUGGGCAAACUCGAGGCAGGCAACCCAGAAGGGGACAAGAAGGCAGAGAAAAGCACCCCCGAUGACAAGAACAAGAAGCCCCAGCCCGGCUUCCUGCAGACUCAUUACUUCGUGGCGCUUUAUCGCUUCAAAGCCCUGGAGAAGGACGACCUGGAUUUCCACCCGGGGGACAAGAUCACGGUGGUGGACGACUCCAACGAGGAGUGGUGGCGGGGGAAGAUCGGCGAGAAAAUCGGCUACUUCCCCCCCAACUUCAUCAUCCGGGUGCGGGCGGGCGAGCGGGUGCACAAGGUCACCAGGUCCUUUGUGGGCAACAAGGAGAUUGGGCAGAUCACGCUGAAGAAGGAUCAGAUCGUGGCGCAGAAGGGGGAGGAAGUGAACGGCUACGUCAAGGUGUACACCGGCCGCAAGGUGGGGCUCUUCCCCGUCAACUUCCUGGAGGAGAUUUGAGCCCCGGGCGGCGCCGGCAGCGGCCUUCAGCCAAGGGGUGAGCGGGCCGGGCCCGGAGCCGCGCCUCGGGCCCGACCACGGCCACUGGGGGCAUUUCCUUAGAGACAGCUCCCGGGGCCAGCUGCAGACGGAGCCCCCCUCCCGGGAUGAAUUCCCCACGUCGCUGCAGGGAGCAGAUCCUCAGCUCGGCUGGGACCCGUCUGCCACCUUGGCCCGGGACAGUGAGGGGCCGGCGGGGACCCAUCCGCUCCCUUGGCCCGGGACAGUGAGGGGCCAGCGGGGACCCAUCCGCUCCCUUGGCCCGCGACGGUGAGGGGCCGGUGGGGACCCAUCCGCUCCCUUGGCCCGGGACGGUGAGGGGCCGGCGGGGACCCAUCCGCUCCCUUGGCCCGGGACAGUGAGGGGCCGGCCGGGACACGUCGCAGGCUGGGGCACGCAGCGGAUCCUUUGUUUGCUCUCUCUGGAGGAUGGAAGUGGGGUGGCGGCGCCGAGGGGGGCAGACAGGAGCCCUCCUGGACGUGUUCCUUUGCUGCGAUGCCCCGUUGCUGCCUUCGGACACCUCCCGUCCUGCCAGGCUCACCGACGGGCAGAGGCUGGGGGGGUGUUUUCACUUAUGGCUGGGGUACCUUCUCCGGUGUGUGUGUGUGGGGGGGUUACCCCGGCUGUUGCUGGGUGUUUGCGAUCUUGCUACGUCUUGUCAAUAUACCCGU